CAGAUGUAAAUCUGACCACGGCUCUCAGCUCUUGAAUUCCAGCAUCUUUUCCAUCCAACCCUUUCUAUUUUCAGAAUCUCUGCGAAGAUGGCGUGGUUGUGCAAGCACAAAUAAUCGGAUCCAGAAAGUGGUGCUUGCGAUUGCUUGCCUGUACACUUAAACCCACAUGGAGAUGGCAGAAGCAGAAGUAAGCUCCGUUAGUGCACCAGAACAGCAACUUCAAAGGGCUACUUCACCUCACGCUAGGAAACCUCUCCUUCAUUUCCUGGAUGACCCACAAGAGCACAGAGAUAAAUACCUGAGGAUAUGUGUUCCCCUUUACAAAGCGGCCCUGAAAGGUGAUUGGAAAGCAGCGAAGCACAUCUUAGAGAAAGAAUGGACUCUACGUCGUGCUGCCAUAACCUUGCGCUGGGCGACAGUUCUCCAUGUGGCUACCGGAGCGAAUCGAAUUCACUUUGUGAUGGAGCUGGUGAAGAUUAUGGAUCCACAAGACUUAGAAUUGCAAGACGUGAAUGGCAAUACUGCGUUUUGCAUUGCUGCAGCAACUGGGAAUUUACAGAUUGUUCAAAUAAUGGAAAGCAAAAACAAAAACUUGCCAAGAAUAAGGGGUGGCGCCGGAAUCACUCCUCUUCACAUGGCUGCUUUACAAGGAAAAAGUGAAAUGGCAUGGCAUCUAUAUUCUAAUACUGUUGAAGAUUUUGAAGAUGCCGAUUGGACUGUUCUGUUGUUCUGCUGUGUCAAUACUGGAAUCUACGAUUUAGCAUUGCAGUUGCUUGUAAAGAAACCAGAUCUUGCUUUUAAGAGGGAUCAAACUAAUGAGACAAUAUUGCAUAUAUUGGCUCGAAGGCCUUUAGGUUUGAAAGAAGAAAAGCAACGUCAACUUGUACAAUUCCUUUGGAGUAUAUUUCUUACUCAAGAUGAUGAGAAGAUUUUGGGCAACAUAAGAGUACCGUCACAAGUAGUAUUUAAUGCCACAGAAGCUGGGAAUUUUGAGUUUCUGACUGUGCUUAUAAGUACCUAUCCAGAGCUGAUAUGGGAAGUUGAUGAAAGAAAUCGAAGCAUAAUUCACAUUGCCAUUUUGCAUCGGGAUGCUAAUAUUUUUAAUCUCCUACAAGACAUUGGCCCAAUCAAAGAUUUCAUAGCAUGUUUCCUAGAUAACGAAGAUCAAAGCAAUUUAUUACAUAUGGCUGCGAAGUUGGCACCACCAGAUAAACUAAACUUAGUUUCUGGAGCAGCAUUUCAGAUGACUCUUGAGUUGUCAUGGUUUGAGGAGGUCAAGAAGAUAUUACCACCACCAUUCAUAGAGAUGAAGAAUGCAGAAGGCUUGACUCCUCGCCAACUAUUCAUAAAAGAGCAUCAAGGGUUAUUAAGUAAAGCUGAAUCAUGGAUGAAGGGAGUAGCAAACUCUUGCAUGAUUGUUUCAACUCUUAUUACUAUGGGAGUAUUUUAUACUUCAUUUAAUGCGCCAGGUGGUAUCAUUGGCAAUGCAGGAAGCCGUAAUUACUUGGAAAAAAGAGCAUUCCUAGUAUUUGGCACGUCUAAUGCAAUGGCAUUGAUUUCAUCAUCAACCUCCACACUCAUUUUCUUGUCUAUCCUCAUCUCACGCUAUGCAGAGCAGGAUUUUCUCAAGUCACUACCAUUGAAGUUGAUAUCUGGAUUCGUUGCACUUUCCAUGUCCAUAAUAAGUAUGAUGGUAGCAUUUGGUAGUGCCUUCUUCACUACAUACUAUUAUGGUUUUAAGUUGGCUCCUAACUUCAUUUCUAUUCCUAUUUUAGUAUUUGUAUCUUUACUUGCAUUUUUGCCAUUUCCAAUUUGGUUUGAUAUAGUCUAUUCAACCUACUUUUGUAGGACUCUCUUUCGACCAUGUAAAUAUAUGCUUUGUUAAGAAAGGAGGCAGUCAUCUUUAUGAGUAAUGAAUAACUCCCUAUAAUGUACUGAGGUAGACUAAGAGUGAAUUCCAUUUUUUGAUUUUAUGC